AUGCCCUCUCCCGUUGCGACAUGGCACGGAGCUGAGGCCAAGUCCAUCCUCAUCUUAUGGUGUGAUCAAAUCCUGUGCCGCUUUCCCUCCCUGCCCUUGUCUGCAGCAGCGGAUGUCAUCAUCGAGUCCCAGGCCCAUGCAGCCGUGGCCCAGCACCCCCGCGCACCCGUCGCCUUGCGUGUGAUCAGACUGGCAGGCCACGCACCUGUUGGGUCCGUCCGUGCCCCCUUCUCCGGGAAGAAGCCGGGCUGCAAGCCACCCGGUGGAGGUGGCCGCAUGUUUGUGCCCAGCCGGGCGUCGGGGAUCACUAACGACGUCGCAACGGCCGCGCACCGACUGGUUUUUCUAGACGUCGUCUAA